CGUUAGAUUUAUUACAUUUCCAUAUUUUCAACGUAGAACGAUUAAAGAGUAUUGAGAAUAAAAUGGAUCACGGUGUAGUCCACCUAUAUAAGUAUAUGAUCAUGGGGACUUUCAAUGACGUAGGGAUGCUAUAUAUUUUUUUACAUAGGCCUGCCAGGGGGUCAAGCAAAUUGUUGGGGGUUUGGAGAUGAUGGGCAUACAAGAUGUUUAGUGAUAAUCAAAUGGUGCAGAUAAUAAACAAUUGAACUAAUUUCAAAGAAGUAAAAACGUGUCGGUACGGCAGGUAUGCUUGAAUCCGAUCGAGGAUUCAUUUCGGAUCGGUAAAGGAAUAUAAGCCUUUCACUUAAAAUAGUCUGCUCACAUGCGAUAGGAAUUUUUCGUAAGAAAUAUUAACGAAACGGGAGUGUUCGACGAGGUUAUAUACUGAGAAAAUUGGGACAAUGGUUAUUAGGAUUAAAAUCGUGUUAAUAAAUUUUAUUAAUGUACGAUCGUCAAACAAUUGAAGGUGUUAUAUUUUACAGUUUACAUUCUCCCGAGGAGAAAUUGUCUUGGUGAUUUUAUUGAAUUCAUUGAGCGCGUAUGCGGUGCCCUACCCCGUUGCACUAUUUUUACACCUGCACUUUUUAUUUACGCGUAUUUGUUCUGUUGCAUGUUUUAGCCAAAUAUUUUUGGCUAUCUUUAUAGUGGGUUACGUAAUUUUCGACAUGAGUUACUUCGAUACGAUGGCCGAUGAGGAAUUAAAUAAAACUCUAUUGUUUUGCAAGUAGUAAAGCGUCGAUACGUUAGUACGGAUACGCAUUACGCAUCGUAACGUUCACGGGGAAUUGAUUUCUGACGUCGUAACAAACCAAGAACAAUAUAACGAGAAGUUUUUCAUAUUUGACGUUUACAAAAUAGUUAUACAAAUGUUUGCGGCACGAUAGUGAAAACAAAAUUCAUUUUUAACUAGUGAAAGUGGUCUUAUUUAGACAUGCCUAUGGAAGAUUAUUUACUUCAGCAGUUGCGUCAGUGCGUAAUGUGGCAGUACAAAGGCUUAAUAAGUAAUAAUAACAAUGACAGAAGUACUAUCCAAAGAUUGUGGUGAACGGGGAUUGCAUCAGGAAAGAGACAUGUCAGAAUCUUCGCAACAUCAUUAUAGCCAUCCUCCACCCGAUAUUAUGCCUAAAGGUCUUGCUAUCAAUGGCGUAGGGGGUAGGCUACGUCAACUAGAGGCUCUUUUUAUUAGUGGUCCUGUACAAGGGGGACAAGUGGGACAUACUUUUUCUAUAGAAACACUUAUUGAUAUAUUGCUUGUUCUAUAUGAUGAAUGUUGCAAUUCUUCUUUAAGACGUGAAAAGACUGUCUCAGACUUCAUUGAAUUUGUAAAACCAGUAGCUACUUGUAUAAAGAGUCUGCAGUUGGCACGUGAAGAUUUUGAGAUAGUUAAGGUCAUUGGUAGAGGAGCAUUUGGAGAAGUAUGCGUUGUAAGAAUGCGUGGUUCUGAUAAAGUGUUUGCAAUGAAAAUUUUGAAUAAGUGGGAAAUGUUAAAACGUGCUGAAACUGCAUGUUUUCGAGAAGAAAGAGAUGUACUAGUUUAUGGUGAUCGCAGAUGGAUCACAAAUCUUCAUUAUGCCUUUCAAGAUGACAAUAAUUUGUAUUUGGUCAUGGAUUAUUAUUGUGGCGGAGAUCUCUUAACACUGCUAAGUAAAUUUGAAGACCGUCUUCCCGAAGAUAUGGCUCGUUUUUACAUAGCAGAGAUGGUGCUAGCUAUUGGGUCUAUACAUGACUUACGUUAUGUACACCGUGACAUUAAACCUGAUAACGUCCUAUUGGAUGCAAACGGCCAUAUCAGAUUAGCUGAUUUUGGUUCCUGUUUGCGUUUAUUUGAGGAUGGCACUGUGCAAAGUAAUGUUGCUGUAGGUACACCAGAUUAUAUUUCACCAGAGAUAUUAAGGGCAAUGGAAGAUGGCCAGGGACAAUAUGGGCCUGAAUGUGAUUGGUGGUCAUUGGGAGUAUGUAUGUACGAGAUGCUUUAUGGAGAAACACCUUUUUAUGCUGAAUCUCUAGUCGAAACCUAUGGAAAGAUAAUGAACCAUAAGAAUUGUUUUGACUUCCCUACAGACGAUAUAUAUGAUGUUUCUGAAGAAGCCAAGGAUCUGAUGCGCAAAUUAAUUUGUAGUUCUGAAUUUAGAUUAGGUCAAAAUGGAAUUGAUGAUUUUAAGAAACAUCCAUGGUUUGAUGGUGUAAAUUGGGACACUCUUAGGGACAGUACUGCACCCUACAUUCCUGAAGUUUCUUCGCCAACUGACACAUCGAACUUUGAUGUUGACGAUACGGACGUUCGUAGUUCCGAUGCUGUUCCUCCAGCAGCAAAUUCUGCGCUUUCUGCACUUCACCUCCCAUUUGUAGGAUUCAGUUUUACCCAAGGAAGUUGCAUCUCAGAUUUAGGUUGUCUAUCUGCAUUGAAUCAGAAGGAUAAACACGUUCAGAUGCUUGAGGAAGAAAAUUUACAAUUAACACAAACAAUCGAGGAUCUAAAAAAUCAAAUUGCCGCAAAUCAUUCCUCACCUGGUAUUUCACCUGAUUCUAACAAUGCAACGAGAAAACUUCAAGAUGAAAUAAAUACUCUUACAAAACGGAAUUGUGAAUUAGAGUCACAGUUAAAAUCUAUGGAGAUACCUCGAGAGCUGCGUAAUUUAGAUAAUGGCGAUUUAACUAAACUUCGUGAAUUGGAAAAAUUGGUGCGUUCUCUUCGUUCUGAAAAAGAAGAAGCUAUUAAAGAUAAAUUAGAUGCACAAGAGAAAUUAAAGCUUCAAGAUAAAGAAUUAAAGGAUGCUUUAACGCAACGUAAACUUGCGAUGGCAGAAUAUACAGAAGUGACAGAUAAAUUAUCUGAAUUAAGACAACAGAAACAAAAGUUUUCUAGGCAAGUCAGGGACAAAGAAGAAGAAUUGGAAGUUGUGAUGCAAAAAAUUGACAGUUUAAGACACGACAUCAGGAAAGCUGAAAAAUUACGUAGAGAAUUGGAAAACAGAGUGGAGGAAGCAAUGGCAGAAACUAGAAAAGAAAGAAAACUUCGAGAGCGUAGCGAGGAAUAUUGUAGACAAAUGCAAGAAGAAACAGAAAAGAUCAGACAACGUUCUAUGGGAAAUGAUGCAAGUGCUAAUCAGGCUUUAGCUACUCAAGAAAUUAACAGACUCAAGGCAGAGGUAGAGAAACUUGAAGUUCAAUACAAUGAAAAUUUGAAUCAGCAACAAAGUAGAUUCAAUCUCGAAAUAAGAAGUCUUCAAGAACAAUUGCACGAAGGAGAGGGAAGAAGAGAAUUGUUAGAACGAGAGGUUCAACUUACCAAGGAGAAAUUAGAUGCGGCAAGAUUAGAAAAUAUUACCGAUAGCGAGGAGACGAUAAAUGAAUUGAAUAGAAGACACGAGAGAGAGAAAAUUAUGCUAGUCGAAGAAAAUAAAAAGCUUUUGCUUGAGCUUAGCACUGUUACCGAUAGCGUUAAUAGAAUACAAGGUGAAAGAAGGCAAUUAGAGGAAGAAUAUGAAGAAUUACGAAACAAAAAGGAAGCUAUUGCGCAAUGGGAAGCUCAAAUUACCGAGAUUAUUCAAUGGGUUUCAGAUGAGAAAGAUGCUAGAGGAUAUUUACAGGCUUUGGCGACAAAGAUGACGGAGGAAUUGGAAUUUUUAAAACAUUCUGGUGGUGUAACGGGAGUAGGAGGUGGUUCUACCAUGGCGGAUAAGAAUUGGCGUAAUCGUAGAUCGCAGAAACUCGAUAAAAUGGAACUAUUAAAUUUACAGAGCUCUUUGCAGAGUGAAAUUCAAGCAAAACAAGCGAUUUCUGAAGAAUUAACAAAAACUCGAUCAGAAUUAAUUGCUGUGCAAAAAGAGUUAAAAGACUUUAGACAAAGAUUUGAUUCGAUGACCCACGAAAUGAAGCGGAAAGAAAUGCAGAUUAAAGAAUUACAAACGCGGCUUGAUACUGGCGAUGGCUUUUUAGAACGUCCUACAUCACAAAUGUCUUACUUGGAACACUUUUUGAAAGAAACAGCAAGUAGUACUCGUCAUGGUAGUGCAGAUAGUGUAGAAGGUGACAUAGAAGACAACCGUGCCCCAAGUAUUACUAGUAGUAAAAGUAAUUUAUCUGAAUUUAGCAUUGAUCCUACAUCACCAUUGUCACAUGAACUUUUAAAUAAAUCAUCGACUUCUCAUGGCCAAGUUAAUUUACAACCAAAGCCUAAAUCUCACCAAUUUCUGGUGAGAACAUUCUCAGCUCCCACUAAGUGUAAUCAUUGUACUUCAUUGAUGGUUGGUUUAACGAGACAGGGAGUUGUAUGCGAAGUCUGUGGCUUUGCUUGUCAUAUGCCUUGUUGUGAUAAAGUUCCACCUAUGUGUCCUGUUCCUCAUGAUCAAACAAAGCGUCCACUGGGUAUCGAUCCUACUAGAGGGAUUGGUACUGCAUACGAAGGAUAUGUUAAAGUGCCAAAAAUGGGAGGAGUAAAAAAAGGUUGGGUGAGACAAUUUGUGGUAGUCUGCGAUUUUAAGUUAUUUCUGUAUGAUAUUUCACCCGAUCGCAAUGCUUUGCCGUCUGUAUAUGUAUCGCAAGUUCUGGAUAUGCGAGAUGAAGAAUUUAGCGUUAGUUCUGUUCGUGAUUCAGACGUUAUACAUGCCACAAAAAAAGAUAUUCCAUGUAUAUUCAGAAUUACAACAUCAUUAUUAGAACCACCUGGAUUAAAAAACCAUACGCUGAUGCUUGCAGAUACUGAAAGUGAAAAAACGAAAUGGGUAGUAGCAUUAAGUGAGCUUCAUAGAAUCUUAAAAAGGAACAAUCUUCCCAAUACGACGAUUUUUAGAGCGAAAGAAUUAUUAGAUAAUACAUUGUCUCUUAUUAAGAAUGUAAUGUCAGGAGCCAUCAUUGAUCCAGAUCGUCUAGUCAUUGGCACAGAGGAAGGCCUCUUCUGUUUAGAUUUAGAUCGUAGUGAAAUAGCAAGGGUUGGUGAGGGUAAAAAAAUAUAUCUCCUUGAAUAUGUAACCGAAGAACAGCUUAUUGUAGUGCUUAGUGGAAAACAACGUCACGUCAGGUUGGUGCCAGUACGUGCAUUAGAUGGAGAUGAGGUUGAAUGGAUUAAAGUAGCUGAAACGAAAGGAUGUAUAACACUAACGACGGGCGUAGUACGUCGUAAUCCACUCACGUACUGUUUGUGUGUUGCUAUGAAAAAGCAGAAUUCUUCUCAAGUUAUUAUUUAUGAGAUAACACGUACAAAAGCAAGACAUAAACGUAUUCGUGAAUUAAUGUUACCAUGUCACGCACAAACUUUACAAGUUCUUUCUGAAGGACGUCUUUGCGUUGGAUAUCCUUCUGGCUUUACUAUCUACAGCAUCUUAGGAGACCAUCACCCUAUAUCAUUGGUCCAUCCGGAGAAUACACUUUUAGGUUUUCUAACAUAUAGUGCUGUAGAUGCAUUACGCUGUAUCGAAUUAACACGUGGAGAAUUUUUGUUGGUCUUCCAUACAUUAGCAGUAUAUGUUGACAGUCAGGGUAGAAAAAGUAGAGAUCGAGAAAUAAUGUAUCCAGCUGUUCCUACAGCAGUCAGUUAUUGCGAGGGAUAUUUAUUAGUGUAUAGCGAAACUCACAUUGAUGUAUUUGAUUGUACAACAGGAGAUUGGUUACAAACGCUCAAUGUGAAAAGGGCACAGCCCUUAAAUAUCUCCGGUUCUUUAACAUCUUGCAUUAUCAAUGAUAUGCCACACGUUAUUUAUCUCAGCAAUUUACAUCAACGAGAAUUAUUAAAUUUGACGCCAUUAGAUGCAAAUGGUAGGCAGAUGACAAGACCUAGAAGAAGAUUUUCAUUAAGAGAAGGAAAUAGAGCUGUUCGUCCUACCGAUAGACGUUCGAAGAUGAUAUCUGCUCCUACAAAUUUUAAUCAUAUUAGUCAUAUGGGACCAGGUAAUGGUAUACAGAUUCAGCGUUUAUUAGAUCUACCAACGACACUUGAAACAGCUGAUCAACAACAUUCUGCCCAUCAUAGUAGCGCUCAUAUACAUGGCAGUCAACAACGAUUAUACGGCUCUACUUUACAAACACCAAGUAAACCGGCUCCAUUGCCACCUAGGCAUCCACCUUCUGAUACACGACGUUUAAGUUCUCACAUGACACGAAAUUCUGGUUAUUCACCCCAUAACGGUUCAACAUCAUCGCGUAGAGGUCCCGCUCCACCACGUCCUACUGCUACUCCACCUUCUCUACCACGUACACCGGUCGAUCAAGUUGAUACAGAAUCUAUACAUUUACGUUCGCACACUCCGCUCUCUUUGGGCAGUAUUGCAUCUUUACAUGAUAAAGAUCAUCCGUCUGGUGGAAGUCCUAGACAUUCAAUUGCUUCUAACAAUAGUUCGAAUCCAUCAACACCUCCGAGUCCUGCUCAUGAUCAUGGGUCAUCAUCGUACGAUUCUUAAACAGAUUUAAACAUUGAAAAAAAAAAUUACUUGUUAUAAGAUGAUUCGGGGUGUGUAUAUCCUCAUGUAUACACUACCUAAAAGAUAAGUUAUUGAUAUUCACAAUAUCUUUUUAUAAGAAGCAGUACUCGCAUUUGAUCUUUUCAUUGGAAAGUUAUUGCAGUUUUCUUAAUACACUAGUGCAAUAAAUUUUAUUCAAUUAUUAUAAUAAGAAUAUUAGAACAAGGAAAAAAGCUUUAUAAACUUACUUAUUGAUACAUUCGAUAGAUUUGAGUUCUAACUCAACCAUUAUUCCAGAUCCAAAUAGAAAGAUAAUUAAUCUUCUAAGUGAACUGUAAUAACUUUCUGUUAUUCGAGAAAUUGUGUAAUAAGUUAUACUUAAUGAAAGAAGAAGAAGAAGAAGAAGAAAAAAAAAGAACACAUUAUUAUUAUAUGACAGUAAAUUAUUGUACAUAAUUUAUGCAUUUGAGAGGAUCGUCAAGUCGACUUUGCGAUGCCAUAAUUUUAUUGGAGUUAGUAGGUAUCGUAAUAUAUAAUCCGAUAUACGAAGUCUUCGUUUAAUUUUAGUUUCAAAUAUUUAGUAUAUAUUAUACUUCGGUUUUUUUAUUUUUUAUUUUUUUUUAAUUUUCUAUUCACGACCGUCAAGCGAGAGUGUGAUUUUUUUACAUUAACGAAAUUUGAAAUCUCAGUCAAAUUAUGUAGCAAUAACGAAAAAAAAAAAACAAAAAACAAAAAAAAACAAAAACAAUCUACUUAAUCUAUCAUACCUAAUUCAGAGCCUAGGUAUACAAGUAUAGUUUCAAGUAAAUUGUAUACUUAAUCAUUAUUAGUAACAAAAGAAAUUUGACGGGUAUGAAUCCAUUUUGAUGCCUUAUGACUGAAUACUUUCUAUCUUGUCAUAAAGCAGUAAGGUGCGUCACAUUAUUCAAAUAUGUGAAUAGUAGAAUAUAAUCGUGCAAUUAAUUGGAAAAAAUUACUAAUGGUAAUGACAAUUAUUCAAAAAGGGAACGAUUUUUUGUUUGAGCCACAAAUAGAAGUGUUGUUUACUUUUUUUUUUUUUUUUUUUUUUUUUAAACAAAAACAUUAAAUAUCAACGACUCAAUGACUUUUAUUUACAAUUGUCUGAAGUUACUUUUCUUUUUUUCUUUCUUUUUUUUUUUUUUUUAACGUUGCGAUUACUAUUACAAAUUUUUGAAGUCAAGAAUUAUUAUAUAGAAAAAAAAAGUAAUUGCAGAAUAUAUAUAUAUAUAACGCUAUGUAACAUGAGUUACAUAAUAAAACACAAAGCAUUUUUAUGUAAUGCAUAAUAUUAUUUAUCAUUUGAUCGACGAUUAAGAUCAGAAUACAAAUUUAUUGUAAUAUCGCUAUAUUUUGUUUAUUUGACAGAUAACUUGUAAUUGUCCUAUUAGAAAGUGUUCUUCGAUAACUAUAAUGCCUUAUAUUUAUAUAUUAAUUUUAACAUAUAAAUGAUCUUGCACGAUCAUUAAUUUCCAUGAAUAUCAAUUUUUGACUGUUAUAAGAUCAAACGAAACAUAAUGAAAUUGUGCGAUAGAUGAGGAAUACAGUUGCACUUUUUAAGUGUUUCAAGCACAGAACAUACAUUUUUCGAUGUAUAUACAUUCAUUACACUUUUUAAUCAACAAAAUGCGAGCAUAGUGACAAAAAUGUAUGUCUCAGGAUUUUCGCCAACCGAUCGAAGAACGAAACAAUAUCUCGUAUUCUCUUAGAGAAAAUCGACUGAAAUUGAUAAUUAAACGAACUAUGAAUUUUUUUUUUUUUUUUGUGAACACUAAGUUGAAGUUGAAAAAUAUGGUACUUGUGACACGACCAAAGAUCAAGAACCAACAGUGCCAGUUUAGUAAUAUCGCCUAUAGUUUCACAAGUUUUUAAUAUUUGUAUUUUCGGAGUGAUAAGUAUAAUCAUAUUGAAUCGUAAUUUUGAAACUUAACUUUGAUAUUUAUUUCAAAGCUGUAAUUAUCGUUUGAACAUUUGUGAAGUGUUUUAUAGAUUUUCAUAAAAUAUUGAUGAAAUAAUAACAUCUUCGUCGUACAUCAACAUCUGAAAAAUUAAUGUUUGAUCGUUAAUAUUAUUUGCAAAUUUUCAAUUUCAUUAGGAAUAUUUGUUCGAUCAUAUUCAAAUUCAUUCUCAACUCAUUCUUAUAAUUGUAGAAAAAGAAAAUAUAUUAUAUACGAAAAAAAAAAUAUAUAUAUAUAUAUAUAAAUAUAUCAAUUAUAAUAUGUUUAAACAUGAUAAUAUUAAAAAGAUAGAACAAAAUGAAAGGAAUGGUAGGAAGUAGUGACAUACGGUUUUUGUCAUCAGAAAUAUAAUAGUGCAAACACUGUCCAUAAUAACAUGAAUUGAAAAUAAGAACAUAUUCUAGAAAUAUUUCAGAAGUAUGAUCAAAGCAUAAUUAAAAAUUAAAAAUCAUGUGUGUAUUAAUGUACUUACCAAUGAAAUUUUAUGAUUUAUUUUAUCUUUUUAUCAAUGUUGCAUAUAAGAUUUCUGCAAUCUAAAAGGUGGCUAAAUAUUAUUUUUCAUUUAUUGAAGUUUUUAUAAUAAUUUCAUAUUAUAGAGACACAUGCACGAAAUAAUUACUUCUGUGUAUAGAAUUAAUUUUAUACGUUUGUAAAUAUUGGAACUUUGUCUCUUCUUAUUGCAUAUUUAUAUAACAAAAAUUACAAAGAACAUUGAUGCUGACGUAAUGUAUCAUUUAUAAAAUUUAUUAUUUAAUAUAUUACAACUUCAGACGCAACUUAUAUUUUUCAAAGAAAAAUUUAUUGCGCGCAAAUUUAUUUUCCAUGCUAAAAUAAGAUAAUUAAUUACACGUAUAAAGUUCAUCUAGCGAUAUUAUCAACAAAUAAUUUUUCUUUGUUCAGCAAAACAACUAAUAAGUUUAAUUUUUUUUUUCUCAAAUUAUAGAGACAAACAACUAUUCUGUUAAUAUUUUGCCAAUGUACUGCAAAUGACCUGAAUUUAUUAUGCAACACUUUUGUGCAUCUAGUUUAGCGCGCCUUUUUAUUACAUAUAUAUAUUAUAUAUUAUAAACUUAUUUAUAUAACGCUUGUGCAUUGUUUAAAAUAUUUAUUAAAAAUAUUACAAUUAAUAAUUAUUUACGUCUUAUAUAACUGAAAAUAUGUAUUUUGUUGUAAAUUAUGAAGAAUAAGCUAUUAUGCUAAAAGAAGAGACCAAACUUUAUACAUUAAGAUUUCGUCAUUAAUGAAGGUCAGUUUGUAGAUUUUGUAGUAUUUAUAUUAUUUACACACCUUACCUUUUUGUCUCAUUCAAAUUUGUCUGUAGACAAAGGGGAAAAAUCUGCUAAUGUUUUUCAUUACAUUUACUGAAAAAGUAAUAUGAUUUUAUCGUGUACAACUGUAUUAAUAAAUUUUAAAGCUUGUAUCAAUUGCAUUCUUUUUAUUUUUUUUUUUUUUAUAUGUUAUAAGCUUAUGUAAAUUAUGUGUGGUGUUCUUUUUAUAUGUAUAUUAUAGAUCUUUCAUAUAUCUAUCACAGACUACACCGUAUAUUUUCUAACUGCUUUAAAAAAUGUGUAAAAGUAUAGAACCAAGUCUUUUUGUGUAGGUUCUUGUAACAUUACUUUUUUAUAUUAUUAUUAAGUGAAUAAGGUAGCACAACCGAGGAAUUUUUUCAUUUGACAUAUGUUUCUUGUUUACAGGCGAAGUGGACGUUACGCUUUUAAUAUAAUUGACAUUUCUAUUACACAAUUUCGUUUACACAAUGUAAUGUUACAUAAACCGUACUAAUUUACUGCGAAAAAUGCUGACAAUGAAUAACAAAUAUACAAAAUACAGAAUAAAUAUAAAGAAAACUUUUCAAUGAAAUAUUUAAUUACAACUCUUUCACUAUUUAUAUAAAGAUUUAGGCGAGCCUACUAUUUACUUAUAGUUUUUAUAUACUUUUUCCCAUGUUAAUGUUUGUAUUAUGAAAUCUUUCUUACAACUUCAGGAGUAUACAGAUGAUUAAUAAUAAUAAAUACUUUUCAUAUAAUCAUACAUAUGAAAUAUUUGCAAGCAAAAAAAAAUGAUUUUAAAUAAUAUAAUAUUUUCCUGCAAAUACAUACAUAUAUUCGUAUAUGAAAUCAAUUUUCAUGUUGGCAAGUUUCAUAUGAUUCAUUAAACUAUAAUCUAUUAAAUUUACUGUGUGCAUAAGAUAAAGAUGUCGUGUGCACGCACACAUUGCACGCACGCACGCAUGUAUGUAUGAACUUAUGUUAUGCACUAUUUAUAACUCUCUUUAUUCUAUUUAAAGAAGAUAAUUUUAAUGGAGAAUUUACUUAUAAGAUACGUAUAUAAUAUAAAUAUACCUUGAAACUCAAUUAAUUCAUGAAACUUUCACGACUUAAUGCAAAACUACAGAGAUAUAUCUUUGAAGAAUUUUUAAAUUACAAUUCAUUCUUAUAUCAGAUUAUAUACGUUUUAGACAUAUUUCUCUGAAAGUUAAUAUAAGUAUUACAUAAUUCGAGAACAUAUAUAUAAUACAUGGUCAGUAUAUUUUUGAACAUUUAAUAUUGUAGUAGAAAUAUUAGGCGGUAAGUAAGAAACAUAAUACUAGUAUAUAACGCAUUUUGACAUGUCUAACUUUUAAUGCAAUAUGCACAAAAUGGAAAUGAAAUUUUUUUCUCAUGUA